AUGGACAGUCGGUCGACCGCGGCAGAAUCGAAACAUAGCUAUUCUCCUGCCCACUGGCCGCACACUCCUCCUGUAGGCACGACGACCGCGAGCACCGUUGGUUCCUGUGCUCAGCCAGAGAUCUCGGCUGGACCGUUGUCCGCCGGCAUCGAAUACUUGCCGCUCUUCCUCCCCCAACAAGCCACCUUCUUCCAUCACCAGCAACUUCUUCAGUACAACAAGCUCGUUUCCCCUGGCAGGGGCGGUGGACAUCCCCAGCUCCCUGCCCAGGCCGCUUCCUCGCCACCCCAUAUCCAGACCGCUCCCAAGCCUAGGUCGAGGUCGGCGUCCAAAGUGUCGAACAAAGAUCACCCUACGAGUAAAGGCAAUCAGGGAGGCCAUGGGAAUAGAGCAGCACAGAAUACCGACAAGGGUCACAGAGCGGUUAUAGCUAACAAAGACGCCCCGCCGAAAAUGCCGCCAAAAAAUCCGGACCUGUCCCACCCUCUCCCCGCGAGACCAGCAGUCGCGGCCGGCCAUAACCAGAACCAUUCGAGCUCUGUCCCCUCCACGCCGCUCCAACACGCUCGUAAUUUCUCGUUCGAAUCCCGGGAGCCAUCCCCCAAUGCCGCGAAUAGCCACUCACCCCGUUCGGCAUAUUCGGAGACGACCGCUCAGGUUCCCCCGCUCAAGCAGCUCCCUCCUAGGUUAGGAGGCUGCCAGUAUGAAACCGCGCAGAUGAAUACGAGAAGGAGGAUCCCUUACAGCAUCGGUAACGAGAGGCUGGAUCGGAUUUCCCUGUCUACCGUAAAGAGUCGCCUGACAGAGGACGAAGAGCGAAAACUGACGACCGACAUGCGAGAGCUUUACGACCGGUUACUGCCCACUGAUGCAGUCGAGAAGAAGAGGAGGAAAUUGGUUACGAAACUCGAAAAGAUAUUCAAUGAUGAGUGGCCGGGCCACGAUAUUCGAGUAAAUCUUUUCGGCUCUUCUGGAAACCUCUUGUGCUCCGACGAUUCCGAUGUCGACAUUUGCAUCACUACGGAGUGGAAAGAGCUCGAGGGAGUCUGCAUGAUAGCGGAACUUCUCGCUAGACGCGGUAUGGAAAAGGUUGUUUGUAUAGCACCGGCCAAGGUCCCCAUUGUGAAGAUGUGGGACCCUGAACUCGGCCUGGCUUGUGACAUGAACGUCAAUAACACACUCGCCCUGGAAAAUACGCGAAUGGUGCGGACAUAUGUCGAGAUUGAUGAGCGGGUUCGGCCUCUUGCUAUGAUCGUGAAGUACUGGACAAGACGGAGGGUGGUUAAUGAUGCCGUUAUCGCGUUCCUCCAGCUUCGAGAUCCGCCAGUGCUCCCUGCACUCCAUCAGCGCCCCCACCAGCGAUUACGGAAUAAGGACGGCGUUGAGAGUGUUUUCGCCGACGACUUGGAUCAACUUCGCGGAUUUGGGAAGAAGAAUAAGUCCAGCCUUGGAGACCUGCUAUUCGAAUUUUUUAGGUUCUACGCCCACGAGUUCGACUAUGAUAGGCAUUCACUAUCGGUGCGGUUAGGGCAUCUUUUGACCAAGAAGGAAAAGAACUGGCACCACGCGCUCAACAAUAGACUCUGCAUUGAGGAGCCGUUCAAUACUACAAGGAAUCUAGGGAAUACCGCGGAUGAGUACUCGUUCAAGGGCUUGCAUCUCGAGCUCCGACGAGCCUUCGAGUUGAUUUCUCAGGCGAAGCUGACUGAGUGCUGCGAUCAGUACGUGUUUCCUAAGGAGGAGGAGCGCGUGUUCACGCAAACUCGGAAACCUCAGCCGAUCCUCAUGCGAAGUUCAAGCCAGACCCAUUCGGGUCGCGGAGGCCGUGGUUUUGGACGAGGAGGGAGGCAUCAGAACAACCAUUACCGCGGAAACAAUGCAAACAGGAGGGCAUCUUCUAGCGUCACGUAUGACGGUAAUGCCCCGAUAUACUCUCCGCAUAUGAACGGCCAGGAUUUGUCGUGGUAUGGUGGAGGGGCCUAUGUGCCUCAAGACCCCUUGCAGGCCGCCCUCGCUAUGCAGCUUCAACAACGGCCGGAUUUGCAUGGCCUAUUGUACCAAUGGCAGGUCCAUGCCUAUCAGCAAUCCCAACAGCAGACCUCCCAGCAGCAACAGUCAUCGCAGGGUCAGCAGCAGCGUGUACCGGGAUCGUCUGGGCAAACCGACCGCUCGAGGACAAACUCGUUUGACAACCCACCGCUCACCGCGCCUCUCCGCCCGGAACUUUUUGGCCUGUAUGGAGUGUCUUUCCAACCGGGUCAGCCGUUUUAUGCCCCGAGUCAUGUGCCUCAAGUAUAUGGUACAUAUCCAUCCACCCCUGCGGCCACGACGGGGGCGCCAACGGAGUUUAGGAGGAGUCUACAUCGGUCGAGUGCUGCCGCGGAGGCAGGUACGUCAGGGGCUGGCAGUUCGCUUAGGUCGCAGUCGCAGCCUGCCUCGAGAUCUGUACCAGUCGCCCAACCCGGUAGUAGCAGCUUUUCUAGCACAGGACCGACGCCGCCUAACGGGCUAUCCAUCUUCCCUCCACGGAAUAAUGCUAAUGGCAUACCCAUCCCAAGCUUCAUAUCUGACGAGGCCGAGUUCGACGAAGGGCCCUCGCCCUCAACCAACGCCGCAGGUGAUUCGCCUCCUUCCGAGGAGGGUGGGCAUAUGGGGCCGUUCCUUUCCGAGACCUCGAGCCCCAGCAGACGAGUGACGAAUGCGCCGAACGGUAUUGCAUUUGGGGAUUUGCACCAGCCUGCUACUACUACUACUGCUACAAGCCGCCGACACAUGUCUACCGAGCUUCCCCAAUCCGUUCUCGACCGAAGAAUGAGAAGGGUAUCGCGAUCGCCUUCUCCGGCCGCCGGUCACGCCAGGGCACUAUCUGUUGGCACGUCCUCACCAUCGUCGUUGGGAAAUAAGAGCACCCCCCGCCCUUUGGUCGUGAAUGGCUCUUUGCUAAAUCCCACUGCGAUUAACUCGCAUCGUCAAACGGCUGCGCCAAGCCCAAGCGAGACGUAUUCGUCGGGCGAUUCUGUGUCGACUCGCCCGAGCACGACCUAUGAAUCAGGCACUGAGUCUGAACUGACUCCAGUGCUUAGCAGCGCGACAACCGAGCAGUCGUCUCUGUCUCUUCCUGAACAGCCUCCUGUGGUCGUUAAUGGAACCAACACGGGAGCGACUCCAGUUACUGGUACUGCUCCCGCGACGGCGUCGCCUUCCAUGCCAUCGAUGGGUCAAUUGCACAUGAUGGACGAGCCUUCGUUCAAAGAGCGACUAGCCAUGAUGAAUCCUGGCCCUGUUCCUGCGUACGGUGUGCCUUCUUACUUUUAUCAGCCUGAGCUGUCAAUGAACCAGAGAUAUACUUCAUCAACUCGGCAGCGGGUUUUGCCUAGACAACAGCAGAGCGGAAUAAUUGCGCCGCUCGAUCUUGCCAUUGACUAUAAGGUUGGCGGUUCCUCAGGACAGCUAGAUUUCCAGCACCUAUCCCCGGUUUACGAGAACCGAACUCCUCCAGCGGCUCCAACCCGGAGGCCCGACCAUUCGACAAAGGGCGACCGUCAAGGGCACGCGGCGGGGUCGAGGGGUCAAGGACCAGAAGGUGCAGGUAGGGCGGGACUAAGUAAACCCAGUGAUGCUGGUGACACCGCCGCAUUGCACGACUCGAAACAGCAGUCUGCCGGAGUUGGCCGCCAAUCCCAAUACAAGUCAAAUCGGGCGUCGCAACCGGGCCACCAGUCGAGCAAGUCUCAAACGGCAAACCGAUUUCCGGGUGAGGGCCAAGAAGCUGGGGGACCAAGGGAAUCGGAGGGCCGCACUCACCGAAACGACGUCGUAAAUGGCGAUGGCGGAUGGCAGAGGGCUGGCAAAUACCGUAAGAAGGGAGGUGAUCACAAGAACCAGGGCAGUGGAAUGACCCAAAGCGAGGCGCCACCUAAGCACAGCUCUGAGCGAAAGGGCGGUUGA